CAGAACAAAAUGUUGCAACUCUCCAUUAUCCUUUUCCCCUGUAGGAGAGUAAAAAAAGGAAAACCCUAGACUGUAGAGGAAAAAGGAAAUCUCUAGACAACAACGAAAAAAAAAACUCAAUUGCGAUCAUUCUCUCUGAUCUUCCGAGUUAAUAUUGUUGAUUGAGGCACAAGCUAUCUAUUGUUUGAGGCUCAAGCUAUCUAAAUUAAUGGAGGGAGAUCAACAGGGACCAUACUCUGUUCUAACCAGAAAUGAAGUUAAAGACAAAAUGAAGAAACAGAUCGAUGAUAUCUCAGGAGUCUUCUACGUUUCAAAAAACGACGCCACCGUCCUCUUCAUGUAUCUCCGAUGGGACACGCUUAGGGUCUCUGAGCGUUUGGGUGAAGACAAGGACAAGUUGUUGUCGGAAUCAGGUCUGAGUUCAGUUGCAACUGAUUUGUCUGAUUCAUCCUGGGUGAUCAUCAAUAAGACUAGUGAUUCUCAUGAUGAUGAUGGUGGUUUAAUCUCAACGCCGUGCUGCUCUCACAAGUUCUGCAAAACCUGUUGGAGAGAGUACCUCGACUCUCUGGAGAAGAAGAACCAAACUGUUAUCUCCUGUCCCGACCAAGACUGUCGAGCUGCGGUUGGACCGGACACGAUCGAGAAGCUAACGGCAGAGGAUAAAGACUUGUACGAGAGUUACAUCUUGAGAUCCUACAUAGAGGAAAACAAGGGGUUGAUGAUCAAGCAGUGUCCAGCACCUGACUGCGACUACGUCAUCGAGUUUCAUCAGGCCGAUGACGUCGAGGAGUACGGUUUGAACGUUGUGUGUCUCUGUGGUCACACCUUCUGCUGGAGAUGCAGCUUCGAGUCACACAGACCUGUGACGUGCAACAACGUCUCUGACUGGUUAUCCACAGAAGUGGAGGUUUCGGUCGUGGAUCGCUGGGAGGAGCGUAAGAUCGCGAUGGAGGGAGCUCAAGACGAUCUACAAGACUUCGAAGACUACAUCGUCAAGAAACCAGAUAGUUUAAAAGAGCAAGACGUGAGGAUCGUGAGAGAAGGACUAACGCUUCUUAUCCAGUGCAGACAGGUUCUUAAAUGGACCUGUGUCUACGAGUACUUCCACACAGAGCACGAGGCUUCCAAGAAAGAGUAUCUUCAGUUCCUGCAAGACAUUGCGAUAGCGACUCUCCAAAGCUACUUAAAGACGUUGCUAGAGGAAACGGAAACGGCCUUCUAUGCGGAUGCUUAUGUGCUUUGUAAGUUUAGGCAUAACUUAACUACCGCGACGAGCAACGUCGGUAACUUUUUUUAUCAUUUCAUAAAGACUUUACAAGAUGGGAUUGUAGACGUGAAGGUGAAGUCAUACGACAAUGUUGCUGGUCCUUACUGGCUUUGCGAUCGUUGUACAUAUGGAAACAGUUGGCUUGAUAUGAAGUGUAAGAUGUGCUGUGAGGCUAGUACAUCUACUAAGCGUAAGAUGUGUUGUGAGGCUAGUACAUCUACUAAGCGUAAGUGACUUAUAUCUUAAAUAGCACUAAUGCACCGGAUCCGAUUAGACUUAUGUAACUAACCGUGCUUGGGCGAGAGCAGUACUAUGAUGGGUCGUGUUUAUAUCACAAAAAAAACAUGAAAUUUGCAUCUUUUAAGGUUUUACUUUUCUGUCUUUUGGUUCUUGUAUAAUUUUUAAGACUUGGUUUCAUCAUGUUCUUGAUACUUA